CCCGCCCCAGACGAGGAGGCCAUUCGGAGUGCGCUGAGGACCGGUCGGAGGACAACGCCCCCCAGGUCGCCCGGGAGACCCCAGAGCGACCCCGGGCGGCAUCUGAGACAGAACGACCUCUCCUUGACUGGGGGCGAUGGGGACGCGGGCCCUACAGGGCCUCUUCCUCCUCCUCUUCCUCUCGCUGCCGCCGCCGCGUUGGGCCUCAGCGGGAAGCCUGCACAGUCCAGGCCUGUCGGAAUGCUUCCAGGUGAACGGCGCCGACUACCGCGGCCGCCAGAACCGCACCGGCCCGCACGGGGCCGGCCGCCCGUGUCUCUCCUGGGACCAGACGCAGCAGCACAGCUACAGCAGCGCCAGCGACCCCCAGGGCCGCUGGGGGCUGGGCGCGCACAACUUCUGCCGGAACCCAGACGGGGACGUGCAGCCCUGGUGCUACGUGGCCGAGACGGAGGAGGGCAUCUACUGGCGCUACUGCGACAUCCCCACGUGUCACAUGCCCGGAUACCUGGGCUGCUUCGUGGACUCGGGGGCCCCUCCUGCCCUGAGCGGCCCCAGCGGCACCUCCACCAAGCUCACGGUCCAAGUGUGCCUCCGCUUCUGCCGCAUGAGGGGCUACCAGCUGGCGGGCGUGGAGGCCGGCUACGCCUGCUUCUGCGGCUCUGAGAGCGACCUGGCCCGGGGACGCCCUGUGCCCGCCACCGACUGCGACCAGAUUUGCUUCGGCCACCCAGGCCAGCUGUGCGGCGGCGACGGGAGGCUGGGCAUCUACGAUGUGUCCGUGGGCUCCUGCCAGGGGAACUGGACGGCGCCGCAGGGCGUCAUCUACUCGCCGGACUUGACCUGCCUGCUGGCUCCGGGAAAGGAGCCCCUGGCGUUGGGGGCUGCCCAGGGCCCCAGGAGAAGCUGGGCUGUGUGGUACCGCCGGCCCCGAGGGGUGGCCCUGCCCUGCCCCUCAGGGGACCCCCAGCCUGAGGGCCCUGUCACCGGCUACCGGCCCCUGAGUGCCUCCAGCCAGAGCUCCCUGCGCUCACUCGUCUCCGCUCUCUGA